CGCAGAGAGUCCGGCGGCUGCGGCUGCGGCCGAGGACCGAGAGCCACAGCGUGAAGCGGUGCCGGGCCUGGAGAGCCAGCGGCGCCAGAUCGAGAACGGCGAGAAUGGGCGAGGGCCUCCGCUGCGGACGGGCGAGAGCUGGGGGCCGGGUCUUGAGAAGAAAGGGCCACGGCGGCGGGGUCAGGCUCGCGUGGUGGAACCAAGAACCUGGGAAGGAGGCUGUCUCAGCAACAGAGCGGGACAGCAUGGUCUGCGCGACGUAACGUAGCAUUUGGAGGCGGCCCGCGGUGCUCCGCUGCGCCUGACAACGGAGGCGAGGCGGGUGACGUCAGGCGGAAGAGCGAAAUCGGAGCCGAAAGGCUGUGGGGGCGGGGGUAGUCGGAGCCUGCGUGAUGGAGGGAGCUGGAGCCUGGGAACGAGGCUUGUGACGUAGGCCGAGGGGCGUGUCCUGGGGCCGAGGAAAGACUGCAGAGGGGAGGUGGUGCCUUGUGAAGCAGAAAAUGGCGCCUGCGAAUGAGCAAAGUUUGUGACGCGGCGAGGUUUUUGCCUCUGGCCGAGCCCUUCUUCCCAGGACGGGAGAAAGUGCAGGUUCCUCGUGGAGCGGCACUGGUACAAGCAGUGGGAAGUACACGUGCAGGGAGGAGGCCAGGACCCCAGCACCUUCCCUGGCUGCAUCAACAAUGCUGAGCUCUUUGAAGGUCAUUGGUGAGAUGGCCAGAGUGACUCAUCACUUUCCUUCCCUGAUUGUUCCUCUGCCACCUCCCCCCGCCCUCCUGCAGACCAGGUAAACUGGCGCCUCAAGAAGGGACUGGUGGAAGGUGAGGACUAUGUGCUGCUCCCAGCGGCUGCUUGGCAUUACCUGGUCAGCUGGUAUGGUCUAGAGCAUGGCCAGCCUCCCAUUGAACGCAAGGUCGUGGAGCUGUCCAGCAUCCAGAAGGUUGAAGUGUAUCCAGUAGAACUGCUGCUCAUCCAGCACAGUGAUAUGGACACAGCUCACCCCGCUCAAUUCAACCGCACAGAUUCUAUUGGGUUCCAGGAAGACCUUGAAUGUGCUCCAUCACCCUCCACAGACCUAGUUCUGCGCACCGCUCAAGAGCAGUUUCUGGUGAGCCCCCAGGAAGAGACACGGCUGUGGAUCAAGAACGCGGAGGGCUCUUUUGAGAGGUUGUGCAACACACGUGUCACGGUGCUUGACGCCGCUCUCCAGACUGGGCAGGUGGUCAUCAUGGAGACCCGAAACAAGGAUGGCACUUGGCCCAGCGCACAGCUGCCCGCCAUGAGCAGCACGUCGGAGGAGGAUGAGGACUUCCAGGGCCAGCCGGGCAUCUGUGGUCUCACCAAUCUGGGCAACACGUGCUUCAUGAACUCGGCCCUGCAGUGCCUCAGCAAUGUGCCACAGCUCACCAACUACUUCCUCAAAAACCGCUACCUGGAGGAGCUCAACUUCUGCAACCCGCUGGGCAUGAAGGGGGAGAUUGCAGAGGCCUAUGCGGACCUGGUGAAGCAGGCGUGGUCCGGCCACCACCGCUCCAUCGUGCCCCACGUGUUCAAGACCAAGGUCGGCCACUUUGCGUCCCAGUUUCUGGGCUACCAGCAGCAUGACUCACAGGAGCUGCUGUCGUUUCUCCUGGAUGGGCUGCACGAGGACCUCAAUCGUGUUAAGAAGAAGGAAUAUGUGGAACUGUGCGAUGCUGCUGGGAGGCCAGAUCAGGAGGUUGCUCGGGAGGCCUGGCAGAACCACAGACGGCGGAACGAUUCUGUGAUUGUGGACACUUUCCAUGGCCUCUUCAAGUCCACGGUGGUGUGCCCUGAUUGUGGCAACGUGUCUGUGACCUUCGACCCCUUCUGCUACCUCAGUGUCCCACUGCCUGUGACCCACAAGAGGGUCAUGGAGGUCUUCUUUGUCUCCAUGGACCCCCGCCGCAAGCCAGAGCAGCACCGGCUCGUGGUCCCCAAGAGAGGCAAGAUCUCGGAUCUGUGUGUGGCUCUGGCCAAACACACUGGUGUCUCGCCAGAAAGGAUGAUGGUGGCCGAUGUCUUCAGUCACCGCUUCUAUAAGAUCUACCAGCUGGAGGAGUCUCUGAGCAGCAUCUUGGACCGAGAUGAUAUCUUCAUAUACGAGGUGUCAGGCAGGGCUGCUAUUGGCGAGAACUCCAGAGAGGACGUUGUGCUUCCUAUCUAUCUGCGGGAGCGCACCCCAGCCCGGGACUACAACAAUUCUUACUAUGGCCUGAUGCUCUUUGGGCACCCACUCCUGGUGUCGGUGCCCCGGGACCGGCUCUCCUGGGACGCCCUGUAUCACAUCCUGCUGUACCGCCUCUCACGCUAUGUGACCAGACCCAGCUCGGAUGACGAGGAUGAUGGGGAUGAGAAAGACCUGGAGGAUAAGGACAACCUCCCUAAGCCUGGACAUGUGGCUGGGGGCAGCUCCCAAGACCCUGGGCCGGAGCAGGCUGGGCCCAGCUCUGGAGUCGCGGGCGGGAGCCGGGCCCCCGUGGACAACGCCCCUGGACCAUCUCACUGGCCCCAGAGAGCACGGCGCAAGCACCUCUUCACCCUGCAGACAGUGAAUUCCAAUGGGACCAGCGACCGCUCGACCUUCAACGAGGAUACCCAUGGUGUCUCCUUCAGCUCCCAGCCGUACAUUGCCAUCGACUGGGAGCCAGAGAUGAAGAAGCGUUACUAUGACGAGGUGGAGGCUGAGGGCUACGUGAAGCAUGACUGCGUUGGGUACGUGCUGAAGAAGGCUCCGGUGCGGCUGCAGGAGUGCAUCGAGCUCUUCACCACCACUGAGACCCUGGAGAAGGAAAACCCCUGGUACUGCCCCAAUUGCAAGCAGCACCAGCUGGCCACCAAGAAGCUGGACCUGUGGAUGCUGCCGGAGACGCUCAUCAUCCACCUGAAGCGCUUUUCCUACACCAAGUUCUCCCGCGAGAAGCUGGAUACCCUUGUGGAGUUUCCUAUCCGGGACCUGGACUUCUCCAAGUUUGUCGUCAAGCCGCAGAACGAGUCGGCCCCAGAGCUGUACAAAUAUGAUCUCAUCGCAGUUUCCAACCAUUACGGGGGCCUGCGGGAUGGACACUAUACGACAUUUGCCUGCAACAAGGACAGCGGUCAAUGGCACUACUUCGAUGACAACAGUGUCUCACCUGUGACUGAGAAUCAGAUUGAGUCCAAGGCAGCCUAUGUCCUCUUCUACCAACGCCAGGAUGUGGCACGUCGCCUGCAACCCCAGCCCAGCUUAUCUGACCCCCCAGCAUCCCCAGCCUGUGGUACCCCAGCCAACUUUGAGUUCAUGGAUAUAAACUGAGGGGCCCUGGCCCUGCCACAGGGAAGGAAGCCAUGUCUGCUUUCUUCCUCCCCGGCUCCAGCCCUGUCCUCUUACCUGUGUUAGGUGCCCCAUGCCAGACGCCACAGGCUUAGUCGUGGCUACUGUUCUCCUGUGCUGCUAUAUUGCUUUCUCCUGGGGAAGAAGAGGUAUGUCUCCUUCCGGCAGUGUGUUCCCUACCUGUGUUUGCCCCUUAGAGCAUUAACCCUCCCUUCUAUUCUCUAUUUAUGGUUGUCCCCUUCCCUCUUGUCCUCAACCUGGGGUGAACUGAGGGGGUGGUGGUGGGGUGCACCUGAACACAGAGUGUAUUUUCUUAUUGAGACUCUGUACUUUCCGCUGUGUACAUAUAAAAGUGCCAGUGUGUUC